CUGAGACAAACCUGCCCCCGUACGCAGCCACCGGCAGAAAGCUUAGGUGCAAACCUCGUGGUGGGUUCAGCCUUGGAGGAAUAUCACCUGAAUUGAUACAAGGGAUACCAUGACCUGGCAGGAACUGCUGGGUUGAAGCAAAACCUGGAGAAAGAAAAGAAAAAUACUGCGCAUCAUCAGCUGUUGAUUAAACACAGCGCUCAGGGAGAGCGUGGUUGACUGCGGUGGAGCUCGCUGCAGGCGUCUCCAGACCCUCCUCAACAUCUGUGCCUUACAUACCAUGUCCAGGGGAUGGAUCCUCAGCAGCAGCAAGCUGGGAGCCUGUUUGCCCAGGUGAUGAGAGUUUGAAGACGAAUACCCGAAGCCCUGCAAGUCAGAUUAAAGCAUAGGCACCAGCAGUGCAUGCCAAGGCUCCGCUUCCAGGAUCAUGAAAGGAUGCCAAGCCAUUCUGCUUUCAAUUACACGAGUAUUAUACCUCCUGCUCCAAAGGCUGCAAGUGUAGAUUCGACGGCUUUUCUUCGCCAGCCAUUUCUAGGGGGGGGUUAGGAGAAGAGUGCCCCGGGCUCAGCCUGGCUGGCACCGCUGUGGCCAAGCUGACGUGCUGAUGCAUCCUGGUUACCAGGGGUAUGAGAUGACUACUUGGGUCCCAGAGUACAUGAUCAGCACAUGGGGAGACUGAAACACAGCAUGCAGUACACAAGCAAAAUGUUCAGCCAAACAAAAUACAAAUCAAGAACUACACACACCUGGCAAGUGUGGGCCGUCUACAUGGUCUUAGCUGCAAACCUCUCUGAAGAGCAAGCACUGAAGCAGGCUUGUCCUUCAUGCGAUGACACUCAGAUUUGCAACUGCUCCUCCAUGGGCUUGGACUUCAUUCCCCCAGGACUCACAGACAAAAUCACAACGUUAAACGUGGCCCACAACAGGAUAAAACACAUCCGAUCCCAGGAUCUGCAGCAGGCUGUGAACCUGAGAGCCCUGCUGCUGCAGUCCAACGAAAUCAGCUUGAUAGACGAGGACUCAUUUUGCUCCCUUGGGAAACUGGAGCUCUUGGACUUAUCAAAUAACAGCUUGGCUCGCUUGUCCCCUGCGUGGUUUGAGCACCUUUUUUCACUCCAGCACCUCCACCUUCAAGGGAACUCCUACAGAGACCUGGGGGAAAGCCCUCCCUUUUCUAGCCUGAGGAACCUCAGCUCUCUCCACCUGGGCAACCCGUGGUUCUCCACGAUAAGGCAAGGGAACUUUGAGGGCAUUGAGCUUCUCGAGAAGUUGUGGAUCGAUGGGAGCAGACUCAGCCAGUAUGAGCCGGGAAGUUUGAAAUCAAUUAAGAAGAUAAAUCACAUGAUCGUAAACAUAAAAAGUAUUAAUGUGUUCUCAGCAAUUGUCAGGGACCUUCUGCACUCUGUCACUUGGUUGGAAGUGAGAGAAAUGGCAUUCAGGAUACCUGCUGAAAUGCAGCUACUGCGAGUCAUGUCGUCUUCUUUUGCUAAGAAAAUUUCUUUUAAACAGACCUUAUUAACAGAUGCUACUGUGCCUGAGACUGUAAGUAUUUUAGGAGACAUGCCGAAAUUAGUGGAGUUGGAGAUGAUAGACUGUGAACUCUUGGGAACUGGACAAUGGGAAACACAAGUUAAAGCAAACCAGUCACAGACUCUUAGAGUUCUGACAAUAGAGAAAUUAUCUAUAGACAAAUUUUAUUUGUUUACAGAUCUUCAUGCUGUAGUUGGUCUACUAUCUGUUCUUACCAGAGUCACAGUUGAAAACACCAAGGUCUUUUUGGUACCAUGCAGCAUUUCACAACAUCUUCUGUCACUUGAGUAUCUUGACCUUAGCGCGAAUUUGCUCGGAGACCAGAGUUUGGAGCAUUCAGCCUGCGUGGGUAGUUGGCCCGCACUCCAAACUCUAAAUUUAAGCCAGAAUUCACUGAGCGACUUAGAAAUGACAGGUAAAAGUUUGUCUCAUCUAAGAAACCUAAUUGUCUUAGACAUUAGCCAGAAUAUCUUUGGCGAUAUUCCAGAUGUCUGUGAAUGGCCUAAAACUCUGAAAUAUUUAAACCUCUCCAGCACUCAGAUUCCCAAACUAACAACUUGCAUUCCCCGGACGCUGGAAGUUUUGGACGUUAGCGCUAACAACCUGAAGGAGUUUGGACUGCAACUCCCCUCUCUCAAGGAGCUGUACCUCGCAAAAAACCGGUUGAGGACCUUGCCCGGUGCCGCACCCAUUCCUAACUUAGUGUCCCUGUCCGUCCGACGGAACAAGCUCAACAGUUUCUCCAGGGAAGAGUUUGAGUCCUUCAAGAAGAUGGAGCUGCUGGAUGCCAGCGACAACAACUUCAUCUGCUCCUGUGAAUUCCUGUCCUUCAUCCGGCACCAGGCCGGGAUGGCCCAGGUGCUGGUGGGGUGGCCAGACAAGUACGUCUGUGACUCUCCGCUGGCAGUGAGAGGGGCACAGGUUGGAGCCGUGCAGCUCUCCCUGAUGGAGUGCCACAGGUCCCUCAUGGUGUCCUUGCUGUGCGCCCUGGUGUUCCUGGUCAUGCUCAUUCUGGUGGCCGUUGGCUACAAGUACCACGUGGUCUGGUACCUGAGAAUGACGUGGGCAUGGCUCCAAGCCAAGCGGAAGCCCAAGCGAGCCCCCCCGAAGGACGUCUGCUAUGACGCUUUUGUCUCCUACAGCGAGCACGACUCUGACUGGGUGGAAAACACAAUGGUGCGGGAGCUGGAGCAGGCCUGCCCCCCCUUUCGGCUCUGCCUCCAUAAGCGGGACUUUGUGCCCGGGAAGUGGAUCGUGGACAACAUCAUCGACUCCAUAGAGAAGAGCCGCAAGACGCUCUUUGUGCUGUCCGAGCACUUUGUGCAGAGCGAGUGGUGCAAAUACGAGCUGGACUUCUCGCACUUCCGCCUCUUCGACGAGAACAACGAUGCAGCGAUUCUCGUCCUCCUGGAGCCCAUCCAGAGCAAAGCGAUUCCCAAGAGGUUCUGCAAGCUGCGGAGGAUCAUGAACACAAAGACCUACCUGGAGUGGCCGCUUGAAGAAGAGCAGCAGCAGAUGUUUUGGUUUAAUUUGAAAAUAGCGCUAAAAUCCUAAAUGGGGACAUUAAAGAAUUAAUAUGUAGCAAAUGUACUCUGGAUUUGUUUCCCGUGCCUGUUCAUCUGUCACCUGUCUGUAUCUUGAGGUAGAGAGCUGAUCUUCUGUAAAUUCUAUUACUUGCUGUGGGAUUAUUUUCCUUCUGUAGCCGUGGUCAGGAAUUGUUGUGCUUGUUCAGGCUGAAAUAGAGUUUAUUUUUGUCAUAGUUAUUCCUAUGGUGCUGUGGUUUGGAUUUGUGACCAAAACAGAGU